CAUAUUAGUAUACAUGUACUCAAAGAUGUACUCAAAAAGUCCUUUCGAACUCAUAAGAAACAAUUUAUUGUAAUUCAUGAAACAAAGGACUAUCAUGUUACAAACUUCUCGGGAAAGAAACUUAUAAAAUUGUUGGUGGUUAAAUUGAUAAGCAAUAAAUUAUCACGAUAUAUUUUUUAUUCAAACAUUCAUGAAUAUUUGUACGCGUUAAUAUUAUACAAUAGUUUGUAAAGUCUAUUUCCGCCUGGAGAAUCGCAACCAAUUCAACGCUACACUGUUGUACCGACAGAUGGCGAGCCAGUUCGGUGUGGUAAUGCAAAAUUACAAUUCGGAUCUAAUGAAAUGUAUCGACGAGCUAAAGACGACGAGGACGAACCUCCAGGUACAAAUCGACAGCGAGGAAGAAGAAAAGAAGACGUUGGAGAAGGAAGUCGAACGUAUGACCCAUAAGAUCAACCAGUUGAGCGAAAGUUUGACUAAAAAGGCAGCAGCUCGCAACGACUACGAUAGAACGAUUCGAGAGACAGAAUCGGCUUAUACGAAGUUAUUAGAGAGUUCUCAACUGCUGCUAAACAUGGUAAAAAGAGAAGCGGACUGCUUGGAGCAGGCACUGCACGCGACUGAGUCCAAUUUCGAAGAGUCCCCUGCAUUCUAGAAGGUUCAACGUUCUCCGUUGCGACUCUGCCGAGCUAGAAGAUUUUCUCUGGCAGACAUUUCUGACUUCCUGCUCUAUUUGUCACGCUUUGUGCUCAUUGGUUCAAUAUUGAGAGCGUAUCAAUUUCAUGAUGCCAAUAAUUUUGUUGAUGACUUUACACACGAGGUUACUUUUGACAUCACUAAAUGACCCUGAAUAGAUUAGACAUUCUGUUUCUAGUAAUUUAAAAUUGAUAAAAUACUGCGUUAAAGACUUUGACUGUAUGGAUACUACGAUGACGUAUGCGGGAGCUAAAAAAAAAUCAAAACUCUUUUAUAUCCGUGAUUUAACUUUAUUCAGACAUGCUUUCAUGACACUGCUAUAUGUUUUCCUCAAAGUUAUUUAUGUUUAAGUCACAUUUAAGUCACGUAAUCUCUUAGAGAUUAAUUUUAUCUUCUUGGUAAAAUCAAUAUUUAUUUGUACCCUUGUAAAUUUCGAAAAAUUUUUACAAAUAUUGACAUUUCUUUAUUAUGUUGCUUUUAUUGCGUUAUUAAAUUUAAUCUAGACUUAGACCAACUGUCACAUUAUUUCAAUGAUUCUUAAUGUCCAUACCAUGUUCCCGAAUACACGUAGAAUGUUCGAUUCUCGAAUGGCGCGUAAUUUGAAAUUCGAUUAAUUACAUAUACUAAUCGAGUAACAUGUGUUAGGCUUUUAUUACCGGUUCCUGGGAUUUCCUGGAGAUCGAUGUAAAGCAAUCUUAGUAUUUUAGUAUAGUCAGUCUCAAAAUCGUGACGCAAGUAAUCGCCUGCUGAUUCAAUUAUAUGAUCAUGAAUAAAUGCAAUAUUGUGUACGAUCGAAAGUGUAAUUUAUUCAACGGAAUAAUUGACAUUUGAACCGAUUCUCGUCGGAAUGAAAAGCUGGUUCCUAUAUGUAUAUCGAAUCGGUAAGGCAUUGUGCGACAUGCAUCACAUCAAAGAGAGAACAUGAAAUUAAUUGAGUCUCUAUAGUAGAUCGUUCUCAUGCUCAUUACAGGACCCAUCCGGUCACGCAAGUUCUGCACGAUACCUUAAUUAAACCCAUGAGCUAUUUAAAGAAAAAAAAAAAAA